CGUGCCAUUGCAUGGUCUGCCACGUUCAACGUCCAAACGGUGGUUAGUGGCGGUGCUUGUUUUUCUCUUUAAAGAAAUUCCUAUAAUAAUACACUCCAAAACCCCUCCCCAAAUCUCUCAAACAAGAAGAAAGGAAGCCCAUCAUUUAUCAAUCAUUCAUAAACACACCUCACCACCACACCAAAACAAUAUGCAACUCUCAGCAUCUCUCAUAUCUCCACCACCUCCUCCCCUCCUCCACCGCCCCUCCACCGCCUUCUUCCCCAACCUCAGGCCAACUCCAUCCCUUUCCUCACCAUGGCUCUGCCAUCGACCUGCGGAGGCAGGGGCAGAGCCAAGAUGUGUUAGUCAGGGUGGAUGGGGAAGCUCUGUGGGUGUGGGGGAGGUGGACAUAGAAGAGUGGCUGAAGCUAGGGAGAUUGGAGGAGAAGUGCGGCGGCGGAGGAAAGGGAAUUGUGGAGCUACUUGAAUGUUUGGAAAAAGAAGCCAUUAUGGGAGAAGAUGAAGGGAGAGACCCAACAGAUUAUAAUAGAAGAGCUAAGAUUUUCAGUACCAGUUCUGAAGUUUUCCAAGCUCUCAAGCAACAUUCUGACGCUGUUGCUCCUCCUCCUUCUCCUCCUCACCAUUCUUGAAUCCUGAUGAUGAAUUUGAAGAAAUAGAAAGAAGAAGAAGGAUGGACAUGUUCAUAUCAUAUCAAAUCUUUAUUCAGAUAUUAGAGUUCUUCAGAUAGUGGAUAUAUUUUUACACUAGCUAUCUUAUUCAUUAGUUUGCACCCCGCUUUCUCCUUUCUCCUCUACCGCCCAAACCUUCUUCUUCAACCAGUCAAAUGGCUGCCAUGUUUUUCAGUUACAAGACGAGAAGAAUAGUUACGAUCUUUCACAAAUAGCAUUGAACAAACAGAAACAUGAUGGUAGAUGAAAAGAAAAGAAAGACCAAUACCUGUACAAGCCAAAGAGCAGUGGCUAUCCCAGCAACACUCCAUAACGCAGCAGCUUCAAUGUUGAUGGGAUGUAGGACAUUCCUGAGCUUUGGAUGGAGGAACUUCAACAAACCCUUUUCACCUGUCUUCAUUUGUUAUAUGUUUCUUUCUCUCUUUAGCCCUAAAGGAGCCAUACUUGUACCGAAUUUAGUUUAAUAAAUCUUUGUUUUGUUCUCAUCA